AUCAUGUAAGUCCAACUAUAAUAACUAUCCAGCGAACGGACAUCUUCGACCGCGAAUGUCUCUCUUAGGAAAGCCGCUGGCCUACAAUCGCGGCACACGCCGUGACGCACGUUAUCGGCGCCUUCAAAGUCGUGUAUAUAAUUUUUUAGAGAGACCCCGCGGACUGCCGGCUGUUUUGUAUCACAUCAUGGUGUUUUUUAUGGUAUUCACUUGCUUAGCUUUAAGCGUCUUCUCCACGAUCGAAGAGUACGAGAAAGAUGCAAUUUAUAUACUGUUUCGUAUGGAGAUAAUAGUUGUAAUAUGGUUUUCGUUGGAGUUCUGCUUCAGGCUGUGGUCAUCCGGUUGUCGUUCACGCUAUCAAGGAUGUGUGGGACGUCUGAAAUUCGUGAAACGACCCUUUUGUAUUAUAGAUAUUAUAACAAUAGCCGCCUCGUCGGUGGUGUUGGGCAUGGGCACCUCGGGUCAGGUGUUCGCAACAAGUGCACUUCGGGGGCUGCGCUUCUUUCAAAUAUUGCGCAUGGUGCGCAUGGAUCGACGUGGCGGCACGUGGAAGUUGCUGGGCAGCGUCGUUUACGCACAUAGACAGGAACUCAUAACGACUAUGUAUAUAGGUUUCUUAGGACUGAUAUUCGCAUCAUUCCUCGUUUAUUUAAUGGAAAAAGAUGUUAAUAAAAAAUUUAGUAAUUUCGCACAGGCGCUUUGGUGGGGAGUUAUCACUCUGUGUACAGUGGGCUAUGGUGAUAUGGUGCCUGAGACGUGGCAGGGAAAAUUAAUUGCGUCCUUCUGCGCGCUACUAGGCAUUUCGUUCUUUGCAUUGCCAGCGGGCAUUCUUGGCAGCGGUUUCGCCUUGAAAGUGCAGCAGCAACAACGGCAAAAGCAUAUGAUACGCCGAAGGCAACCCGCCGCAACGCUAAUACAAGCCGUUUGGCGUUGUUAUGCCGCGGACGAACAUUCAAUAUCGAUCGCCACCUGGAAAGUACACGAAGUGCCUUUACCAAGUCCGCCCACCUCUUCGGAAUAUUGGGAUAGAUUAUUUAAGAAUUUAAGUGAAUAUAGACGAGCUUCAUCUAGCUUUAAGCACAAUGCCUCAUUCGUUACACGUCUACCAACAAUCAGACGGCAUCGGAGUCAAAAUAUACCGCCACGUGAGGUGAACACGAUUAUACCGCAGGGUCCCAGCAAGAUCACCAAAUAUACACGUACAAUGCGAGAGAUUAAUACCUCUGUGGAGAAUUUGGAAAUUAUACAAAAUGGCAAAACUUUAGAUCCCUGUUUUAGUGAAGAUUCGGUGGUAGAAACAAGUGUUUUGAAAAAGAAUUCGGAUGCCACCAAGCCCAAGCCCCGUCUAAUCGAUUGUCAACAAAGGUUCAGCUCUCUUUCUCUUGGAAGUUUUUGUAGGAAUGCAACGGACAACUAUCGACAACAACAGCAAAACCAACCACAAACACCACAACAACAAACCGCUCCCAUCUUAUCACAACAGAAACAACAGAAUUUCACAGCACCCAAAACCACCGCUUCAACAAUUGCCAAUAAUAAAUGUACGCUGCCAAAUAAUUGUGCCGCCACGAAUAAAAAUGAAAUGAUGGUUAAUAGCCAGAACAGUAGCAACGCUGCCUUGCCCAACAACAUACCUGUGAUUCUUUGUGGUUUCAUGCAGGGCGAUUUUUUCGGUUCGAAUUUUUCACUGCCUCAAACAUCGAACUGCGAUGAGUCGCAAGAUAGCCAGCUCUACAAUCGGAUGCAGUCUAUUGAGCCGCGCCUAAUGGCCAGUGUGCAUGACAAGCGUGGCAAUAGUAUGCGCGAGGGACGAUGCCGCUUUGAUGGCAUAACCAUUGGCGGUGGAGGUGGUGCAGGCGCUGGUGGACGUGGUGGAUGUUUAGAAAAUGAAGAUGAAGAGCCGCGAUGUACGCAGCUGACUUGCCAACACAAAACGGCCAUAAGAUUCAUCAGAAAGCUGAAAUACUUUGUGGCUCGCCGCAAAUUUAAAGAAGCUCUUAAGCCAUAUGAUGUAAAGGAUGUGAUGGAACAAUAUGCGGCAGGCCAUGUGGACUUGCUGGGUCGGGUCAAAAAUGUGCAUGCAAGACUCGAUCAAAUCCUGGGUAAGCAGGGGUCAAAAUCAAAAGAUGUUUACGCUUCUAAAAUUAGUCUAGCUUCGCGUGUAGUUAAAGUAGAGCGACAGGUCGCCGAUAUUGAAGAAAAAUUAGAUAUACUCAUUAAAGCCUAUAUGGAGGAUCGUGAACGCCUCUUAGCACUUCCAUUACCAACACCGCCUAUAGUUAAACAUUCCAAUAAUAAUAAUGAAGAUCACUCGAAACGGGGCGAUUGUGUUAUGGGCAACAAUAACAAUAAAAUUAGUAAUAGUAUAAAUACUAAUAAUACACAUGCGACAAUCAGUGCUAGAAGGGAUUUCUUCUCGGCGACGAAAAUCGGGAUCAGAGAUGAUAAUAAGGUUUCCGAUGCGCGUGCGUUUGCGCCAUCCUACGAUUUAGCCUCGGUUAGUCCUUUUAAACUUUGUAGUGAUAACACCAUAUCCGAAAUGGAAAAUCCUAAGAAACGAGUAACUUUAAGAUCCGCCUCGAAUCCUUGCGACAGAGGAGUGUACAAAGAUGAUAAUUUUGCUAUAACGAUACCUGGCCUAACUGAACCUCUAUGUAGUAGUUUAAAACCGAAUUUACGAAAGGAAAACUCAAUUAUACUCAUCGAUGAGGUUGAAGACUUCGAAGAGGAGGAUCUCAAUUGCGAAGGUGAAAUGGAUCACUACCCCUCCUGGGAGAUCGACAGCGAUGCUGGAGCAAAUAUUGAUCUCGACUGUGAAGCGGCGGCCGAGGAUACUGCGCUACUACAACAGAUAUCUCAAACGAAAAUUAUUAUUACUUCCGUUACGCCUGUAAGCUCAGCAAAUAAUCUGACAGAUUUGGAUAAUGAAUCCGCGGAUACGCCUACAAAAUCAUCAUUACUUUUCCCGCAUUCUGGCUAAAUUAUAUUUUGUACAUAUUUUUUUACG